GGCAGCCCAGCUCCGCGCUCCGGGACCCGCGCCCGGUCCGCUCCCAUGCGGAGCCUCAUCCACUGACCUGGUGACGCCGGAAAGGUGUCUCCAGCCCCUAGGCCCCCACUGGUGCAGGAGUGACCGAGAGAGGCUGCAGCCAUGGCCGGGGCCUCAGUGAAGGUGGCAGUGCGUGUCCGCCCCUUCAACUCCCGAGAGAUGAGCCGGGACUCCAAGUGCAUCAUCCAGAUGUCCGGGAGCACCACCACCAUCGUCAAUCCCAAGCAGCCUAAGGAGACACCCAAGAGUUUCAGCUUCGACUACUCCUAUUGGUCCCACACCUCGCCUGAAGACAUCAACUACGCCUCCCAGAAGCAAGUGUACCGGGACAUUGGCGAGGAGAUGCUGCAGCAUGCCUUCGAGGGCUACAACGUGUGCAUCUUUGCCUAUGGACAGACGGGUGCCGGCAAGUCCUACACCAUGAUGGGCAAGCAGGAGAAGGAUCAGCAGGGCAUCAUCCCGCAGCUUUGUGAAGACCUCUUCUCCAGGAUCAAUGACACAACCAAUGACAACAUGUCCUACUCUGUGGAGGUCAGCUACAUGGAGAUUUACUGCGAGCGUGUGCGCGACCUCUUGAACCCCAAGAACAAGGGCAACCUGCGGGUGAGGGAGCACCCGCUCCUGGGGCCCUACGUGGAGGACCUCUCCAAGCUGGCCGUCACCUCCUACAACGACAUCCAGGACCUCAUGGAUUCGGGCAACAAGGCCAGGACCGUGGCAGCCACGAACAUGAAUGAGACCAGCAGCCGCUCCCACGCCGUCUUCAACAUCAUCUUCACGCAGAAGCGCCAUGACGCGGAGACCGACAUCACCACCGAGAAGGUGAGCAAGAUCAGCCUGGUGGACCUGGCCGGCAGCGAGCGUGCCGACUCCACCGGGGCCAAGGGCACGCGCCUCAAGGAAGGCGCCAACAUCAACAAGUCCUUGACCACGCUGGGGAAGGUCAUCUCCGCACUGGCUGAAAUGGACUCUGGGCCCAACAAGAACAAGAAAAAGAAGAAGACAGACUUUAUUCCAUACCGAGAUUCUGUGCUGACCUGGCUCCUUCGGGAAAACCUGGGCGGUAACUCCAGGACAGCGAUGGUGGCGGCCCUGAGCCCAGCAGACAUCAACUACGAUGAGACUCUGAGCACCCUGAGGUACGCUGACCGGGCCAAGCAGAUCCGUUGCAAUGCAGUCAUCAAUGAAGACCCCAACAACAAGCUGAUCCGAGAGCUGAAGGAUGAAGUGACCCGGCUGCGGGACCUGCUCUACGCCCAGGGUCUCGGGGACAUAACAGACAUGACCAACGCACUGGUGGGCAUGAGCCCCUCAUCCUCGCUCUCAGCCUUGUCCAGCCGGGCCGCCUCUGUGUCAAGUCUGCACGAGCGCAUCCUGUUUGCCCCGGGCAGCGAGGAGGCCAUCGAGCGGCUGAAGGAAACGGAGAAGAUCAUCGCUGAGCUGAACGAGACGUGGGAGGAGAAGCUGAGGCGCACAGAAGCCAUCCGGAUGGAGAGGGAGGCCCUGCUGGCCGAAAUGGGUGUCGCCAUGAGGGAGGACGGUGGCACCCUGGGUGUGUUCUCACCGAAGAAGACGCCGCAUCUGGUCAACCUGAAUGAGGACCCGCUGAUGUCUGAGUGCCUCCUCUACUACAUCAAGGACGGGACCACCAGAGUGGGCCGAGAGGAUGCCGAGCGACGGCAGGACAUCGUCCUGAGUGGGCACUUCAUCAAGGAAGAGCACUGUGUCUUCCGCAGCGACUCUCGAGGCAGCAGUGAAGCAGUGGUGACCUUAGAGCCCUGUGAGGGCGCAGACACCUACGUCAACGGCAAGAAAGUCACUGAGCCCAGCAUCCUCCGCUCAGGGAACCGCAUCAUCAUGGGGAAGAGCCACGUGUUCCGGUUCACCCACCCGGAGCAGGCGCGGCAGGAGCGGGAGCGCACGCCCUGUGCAGAGACCCCCGCAGAGCCUGUCGACUGGGCCUUCGCACAGCGGGAGCUGCUGGAGAAGCAGGGCAUUGACAUGAAGCAGGAGAUGGAGCAGAGGUUGCAGGAGCUGGAGGACCAGUACCGCCGGGAGCGUGAAGAGGCCACCUACCUCCUGGAGCAGCAGAGGGGACUCUGCAUGUGGCCGUCCUCCCAGGACUAUGAGAGCAAGCUGGAGGCCCUGCAGAAGCAGAUGGACUCCCGGUACUACCCCGAGGUCAAUGAGGAGGACGAAGAGCCCGAGGAUGAAGUCCAGUGGACGGAGCGGGAGUGUGAAUUGGCGCUUUGGGCCUUCCGGAAGUGGAAGUGGUACCAGUUCACGUCCCUGCGAGACCAGCUUUGGGGCAAUGCCAUAUUCCUCAAGGAGGCCAACGCCAUCAGUGUGGAGCUCAAGAAGAAGGUCCAGUUCCAGUUUGUCCUGCUCACGGACACACUCUACUCCCCGCUGCCCCCGGACCUGCUGCCCCCUGAGGCUGCCAAAGACCGGGAGACACGCCCCUUCCCCCGCACCAUAGUGGCUGUGGAGGUGCAGGACCAGAAGAAUGGGGCCACCCACUACUGGACGCUGGACAAACUCAGGCAGCGUCUGGACCUGAUGCGGGAGAUGUAUGACCGGGCAGCCGAGGUACCCUCCAGUGCCAUCGAGGACUGUGACAACGCAGUCACCGGCGGGGACCCCUUCUACGACCGCUUCCCCUGGUUCCGACUGGUGGGCAGUUCCCUCGUCUCUGGCUGCGACAGCUACCCUCUUCUCCACACAUGCAUGAGCGAGCGCAUGGCUGCUCUCACCCCCUCCCCCACCUUCUCGAGCCCCGACUCCUCCGAUGUCACCGAGCUGGCCGAGGAGCGGAGCGUGGGGGAGGAGGAGGAGGAGGACCUGGAGGACGACGCCGUCUUUCCGGAGCACGCGCUGUGCCACGUCCGGGACCCGUUUUACGACCGGCCCCCCCUGUUCAGUUUAGUAGGCAGGGCCUUUGUGUACCUCAGCAACCUGCUGUAUCCUGUGCCCUUGGUCCACCGCGUGGCCAUCGUCAGCGAGAAGGGUGAGGUCAAGGGCUUCCUGCGAGUGGCCGUCCAAGCCAUCUCAGCUGAUGAAGAAGCUCCCGAUUAUGGCUCUGGUGUUCGCCAAUCAGGAACCGCCAAAAUCUCCUUUGACGAUCAGCAUUUUGAAAAGUUCCAGUCUGAGUCCUGCCCCGUGGUGGUGAUGUCCCGCUCAGGGACUUCCCAGGAAGAACUGCGCAUUGUGGAAGGACAGGGCCAAGGUGCUGAUGCAGUGCCCUCUGCUGACGAGGUCAACAAUAACACCUGCUCAGCGGUGCUUCCUGAAGGCCUCCUAGACAGCCCAGAGAAAGCAGUGCUGGACGGGCCCCUGGACACUGCUCUGGACCAUCUCCGCCUGGGCAGCACCUUCACCUUCCGUGUGACGGUCCUGCAGGCAUCCAGCAUCUCUGCUGAAUACGCGGACAUCUUCUGCCAGUUCAACUUUAUCCACCGCCAUGAUGAGGCCUUUUCCACGGAGCCUCUGAAGAACACGGGCCGGGGUCCACCACUCGGCUUCUACCACGUCCAGAACAUUGCUGUGGAGGUGACCAGGUCCUUCGUGGAGUACAUCAAGAGCCGGCCCAUCGUCUUCGAGGUCUUUGGCCACUACCAGCAGCACCCGUUCCCGCCGCUGUGCAAGGGCGUGCUCAGCCCCCUGAGACCCUCACGCCGGCACUUCCCACGUGUCAUGCCACUGUCCAAGCCAGUGCCGGCCACCAAGCUCAGCACAAUGACAAGGCCCUCCCCAGGGCCCUGCCACUGCAAGUAUGACCUGCUGGUCUACUUCGAGAUCUGUGAGCUGGAGGCCAAUGGAGAUUACAUCCCGGCCAUGGUGGACCACCGAGGGGGGAUGCCCUGUAUGGGGACCUUCCUGCUCCACCAGGGCAUCCAGAGGCGCAUCACCGUGACGCUGCUGCAUGAGACAGGCAGCCAUAUCCGCUGGAAGGAAGUGCGCGAGCUGGUCGUGGGUCGUAUCCGAAACACCCCGGAAACGGACGAGUCUCUGAUCGAUCCCAACAUCUUGUCUCUCAAUAUCCUGUCAUCUGGGUACAUGCACCCGGCCCAGGACGACCGGCAGUUUCUUGAUUCGGACCUGCCUAGAACCUUCUACCAGUUCGAGGCCGCCUGGGACAGUUCCAUGCACAACUCCCUCCUGCUGAACCGGGUCACCCCGUACAGAGAGAAAAUCUACAUCACCCUCUCCGCCUACAUCGAGAUGGAGAACUGCACGCAGCCCGCCGUGGUCACCAAGGACUUCUGCAUGGUCUUCUACUCGCGAGACGCCAAGCUGCCUGCUGCCCGCUCCAUCCGAAGCCUGUUUGGCAGCGGGAGCCUGCGGGCCUCCGAGAGUAACCGUGUGACGGGUGUAUAUGAACUAAGCCUGAGCCACGUGGCCGACGCAGGCAGCCCAGGGAUGCAGCGCCGGCGCCGGCGGGUUCUGGACACGUCGGUGGCCUAUGUGCGUGGAGAGGAGAACCUGGCUGGUUGGAGGCCCCGCAGCGACAGUCUCAUCCUGGACCAUCAGUGGGAGCUGGAGAAGCUCAGCCUGCUGCAGGAGGUGGAGAAGACUCGCCACUACCUGCUCCUGCGGGAAAAGCUGGAGACGGCGCAGCGGUCGGCCCCCGAGGCGCUGUCCCCAGGCUGCAGCGAGGACUCGGAGUCCCACAGUUCCUCGGGGGCCUCCUCCCCACUCUCGGCUGAGGGCCGGCCUUCCCCCCUGGACACCCCCAAUGAGCGGCAGCGGGAGCUGGCCGUCAAGUGUUUGCGCCUCCUCACACACACGUUCAACAGAGAGUACACCCACAGCCACGUCUGCAUCAGUGCCAGCGAGAGCAAGCUCUCCGAGAUGUCCGUCACUCUACUGAGAGAUCCCUCCAUGUCCCCUCUGAGUACUUCCACUCUCACUCCUUCUUCCACCUGCCCCUCCCUGGUUGAAGGGCGCUACAACUCGGACCUGAGGACCCCACAACUCUAUCCCCGGCCGGUCAGCCCGGAGCCCGAGCCAGUGUCAGACGUGGACACCAAGAAGCCCCCCUCCCCUGCCCAGGCCCUGGAGGCCGACAAGGAGCCCCAGCGCCUGCUGGUGCCUGACAUCCAGGAGAUCAGAGUCAGCCCCAUCGUGUCCAAGAAGGGCUACCUGCACUUCCUGGAGCCUCACACGGCCGGCUGGGCCAAGCGCUACGUGGUGGUGCGUCGCCCCUACGCCUACAUGUACAACAGCGACCGCGACAGCGUGGAGAGGUUCGUGCUGAAUCUGUCCACUGCCCAGGUGGAGUACAGCGAGGACCAGCAGGCCAUGCUCAAGACGCCCAACACGUUUGCUGUGUGUACGGAGCACCGUGGGAUCCUGCUGCAGGCCAACAGCGACAAGGACAUGCACGACUGGCUGUACGCCUUCAACCCGCUGCUGGCCGGGACCAUACGCUCCAAGCUCUCCAGGAGGCGGUCUGCCCAGAUGCGGGUCUGAACGGAGCCACAGUCCUCCCCCCACCCAUACGUGUCUUGUCAUGUCGCCAGCCCUGCCCUCCAGACAGCGGACCGCCUGAAACACCUCAUCCUGGGAAGAAGCCCCUGGUCUCCCCGCCCAGCUGAGCGGCAGCCACACGACCCCUGUGCUCACGGCUGCAUUGUGUUUCUGGUGGUUUCUCUGGGGGGAGUAGGGGGAGGGAGGAGGGUG